AACCAGCGGAGCAGCAGAGUCCAGAGCAGAGACGAGGGCCCGGCUCCUCGAACAGCAGCAGACACUUUUCUAGUGUCGGCCCCGGCUGGGCAAUCGACUUCUGCAACACACAUCCGACGAGGGGUCAGGCAGACAGGUAGAGGCAGACAGACAGGCUGGUAGAGGCAGACAGACAGGAUGAAGCGAGUUCUCCAGGGGGAUGAGCAGGAGGACGGAGGCGGGACCAGCGCUGGGUCUCCUGAGUCUCUUAAACGACCCUGCAAGCAGACGAGGGAGGAGGAGGCUUCGGAGGAGGAGGAGGAGGAUUUGGAGAAGGAGGCUUCGGAGGAGGAGGCUUCCCAAUGCGAGUGUCUGCCUCAGGAGAUCUUGCUUCACAUCUUCCAGUACCUGCCCCUCCUGGACCGAGCCUACGCGUCUCAGGUGUGUCGAGGCUGGAACCAGGCUUUUCACAUGCCCGAGCUGUGGCGGUGCUUUGAGUUCGAAUUAAACCAGCCAGCCAGCUCGUACCUGAAGGCCACACACCCAGACCUCAUCAAACAGAUAAUCAAAAGGCACUCCAAGCACCUGCAGUAUGUCAGCUUCAAGGUGGACAGCAGCAGAGAGUCGGCGGAGGCAGCCUGCAACAUCCUUUCUCAGCUCGUGAACUGUUCUUUGAAAACACUGGGGCUCAUCUCCACAGCCAGGCCCAGUUUCAUGGAGCUGCCCAAAUCUCACUUCAUCUCAGCGCUAACGGUGGUUUUUGUCAACUCCAAAUCCCUGUCGGCCCUGAAGAUUGACGACACACCCGUGGAUGACCCCUCCCUCAAAGUGCUGGUGGCCAACAACAGUGACACACUGCGAUUGUUGAAAAUGAGCAGCUGCCCUCACGUUUCCCCUGCAGGCAUCCUGUGCGUGGCUGAUCAAUGCCACGGCUUGAGAGAACUGGCUCUCGCCUACCAUUUGUUGAGUGACGAGCUCCUCAUCGCCCUGUCCUCGGAGAAACACGUUCACCUGGAGCACCUUCGCAUCGACGUGGUUAGUGAGAAUCCUGGCCAGCAGUUCCACGCCAUCAAGAAGAGCAGCUGGGACGCCAUGGUGCGUCACUCUCCUAAAUUCAAUCUGGUCAUGUACUUCUUUCUCUACGAGGACGAGUUCGGCCCUUUCUUCCGCGAAGAAAUCCCUGUCACGCAUUUGUACUUCGGCCGCUCUGUCAGCAAAGACGUGCUGGGUCGAGUCGGGCUCAACUGCCCGCGCCUGGUGGAGCUGGUGGUGUGCGCCAACGGGCUGCGGCCGCUGGAUGAGGAGCUGAUCCGCAUCGCCCAGCGCUGCACGCAGCUGUCAGCCAUUGGCUUGGGAGAGUGUGAAGUGUCCUGCAGCGCAUUUGUGGAGUUUGUGAAGAUGUGCGGAGACAGACUGACGCAGCUAUCCAUCAUGGAGGACGUUCUGGUCCCAGAUCACCACUAUGCGUUGGAUGAUAUCCACUGGGAGGUGUCAAAGCAUCUGGGUCGGGUCUGGUCCCCAGACGUGAUGCCGACCUGGUAGAGCUCUGGAAGAAGUUUAGGUUUGAAUGAGUUUAUGAGUGAGUGUUUGUGUUUGUGAUGCGUGUCCUCGUCUUUCUACAACUUCAGACACCAUCCAUACAUCUUCUCCUGUACAACUACAUGAAGAAAUAACUCUCAUAUCUAUCUUAGGUUUGUGUGAUCAAACAUAUGUUCAUUUAUUUCAACAGCACCAUUUUGUUCCAUUUAUAAAAUGUUUAUAUUUAUAUGUAUAUUUAUGUCUACAUUUAUUUGCCAUUUUUCAAGGGCUCUGAAAUCCUGCAGAUUGGUUAUGUUUGGAGUCUCAGGAGUAUUACAUAUGGAAAUUAUCCGGAAUGUCAUUAAGUUCCGUUUUUAAAAGUUAUUAUUCUAAACGUCUUGUGGUGGAAGGAUGUGCAGUACGUUAGAUGUGGACAAUCACCAUUAUAAGCUAAUAUUUUUUUAGAUUUAGUUAAAAAAACUAAUAGGUUUAUAUUUUUAUUGUUUAAUUUCUUACACUUUAAAACCCAAGUACUGACACAUUGUGACUGUAAACGAAUGAGAAACAUUUCAUUGUAAAGGUACAGUUAUGUGUGAAGCUUGUUAUCGAGGUGGUUGAUCACGGUCAGGAAGCAAUAGCACAUAUAGGUUCCAUGUUAAAUCCAUAUGUUUUUUUGUUUCCAUCUGUCCAUCACAGUUUAUUGUCCUGUCUUUGACUGUGUUUCUGAGUCACUGAAUCUUAUUAAGAGCAAGAGAAAUGUCUCUUUCUCCGUCCUCUGAUUUCAUGUCGACCGGACUUUAGACAGUUCCAACUCCUUUUUUCUAAAAAGGCUGUUAAGGUGAUGCUCUUAGGUGACUUUCUGUGUGUGUGUCUGUGUGCAAGUGUGUAAAUACACGUUAUAUAUAUGUAACGUGUGUGCGUGUGUGUCUAAGAGUUCAUUUUUGUAGCUACAGUAUAUUUCCAUAUUUCUGCAUUACCUGACACAUGUUCCUAUUUUAAUUCUAAAUAUCAGUGUCAAAGUGAGAAUCAAAUGGGAGGGAGAAUUUUUAACUUUAUAUAAAUAUAUUUGUACAUUUACCAAAUCUUACUAAAGCACUUUUACUUUAAUGAACGGCACAAGAUGAGCUACAAUGUCAAUAGGGAGUUAAAUUCUGUAAGUAAAUCUGCCAAUGAGUCACCUUUGGUAUUUCAUUAACUUUUGUAAGAGCCAAAAUAAAAUGAUGAGAUGACGCACUAAAAUGCAAAACUAAUGUGAAAGGGAUAAACCAAACCUGCUUGACAGCACAUCAUUCACCUUGCUAACAGGCUAUAGUCCAACUAAGAAAUAUAUAUUCUGACUUUUGUAUUUUUACAGGAUUUGAUUCAUUAUUAUUGUGUUUGUAAACAAAGCAAAGUUGCAACAGUUGCAGAAAAAAUUCUAAAACUCUUACACUGUAUGUGAAUUUAGUUUAAAUGUAUUAUGAUGGAAGGAUUGAUGAUUUAAAUGCCAGCACAGGGCUGCACAAUUACGACCAAUUAUGACCAGGGUUGGAGCAGAUGACUUUAAAAUGGAGACAGAAUUCAAAAUUCAUGACAUGUUUUUUGCAAGUGGUAACAUAAUUCAUUGAAUUUCAAUCUAAUCUGAGCAGUUUUGGAUUUAUUUGUACUUGCUCUUUCUAAUCUGGUAAUGUAAACCCGAUUACAUGUACAUCUCCCAACUGUGAAUAUGAUUAAUUUAAUACUUAUGCAAUCAUUUUUUAGCAAGUCUCAAACAGUUUCCUGGCCUCAAAUAAGGGCAGAUUUAACUUAAAUCAAUGGGGCUACUUCAAGUUUUGUCCUUGUUCCUCAAAACAUGAAGUGUCAUCAGGAAAUUCCAGUUCGUAUUUGGAUUUGGCGGCAAUUCUGAUGCAGAUGGUAAAAUGUGAAGAUAGUGACUUCAAUUGGGUGAUGUGCAGCCCUGAGGACAGGAUGGUGUGGUAGCUGAAUGUAGUUGUAAAUGAAUGUUUUGCAGAAAUGUGUAAGAGUCUAAUAUUUGUAUCUCACUAUUGUUUUGUGGCGAUAUGCUGAAAGAAUAGUCGCUGGAACGAGUCUUAAGGUGGACUUACCAAGAAUGUUGCUUGUGGAGAAGUUCAUAUUUUUCACAGGGUUGAUAUGUUAAGUGUUUGAAAAUGUUUAUAUAUAAAAAAAAAGCUAUUCACACAAUUUCUUCAGUUGUUGACCUUCAAUCUGACCUUGAUCAUGUCUUCAUUUCAUGUUUACUUUUCCUGAAGGUCAACAAGGCUUUAGAAUAUAUUUGAUUGUGUAUGAAUAAAAAACAUGCCGUUUGCUGUUUAAUAUUAACUGCAUUUGCGUUAAGUGCUUAUAGAUGAUUAUUGUAAUACUCAACUAUAGGCUGAGUAAGGGCUUCAGUUUUUCAUAAGUGUGCAGUCACAGUGGGUUGUUUUUAUUGUAACUAAACAGGGCUGAAUUGUACUGAGAUUUAUUGGAAGGUAACCUCUUGUACUUUCCCAAAGAUAUGUCAUAUUUAAGUGAAGUUCAUAGCCACAUUAAAAUUAUUGUUUGAA